CAACGAGUCUACUUCACAGGAGAGCAUGAGUAACACUGAUUCGUAUCCCCCGGAGUUUAGGCCUCUGAUGAGCGAGUCUAUAGAAUCAGAAAAAAAAACCGUUGAACGGGAUCUUAACCGGAGCAAGGAUAUCCAGAUCCCCGUAAUCGAUUUGGAGCAUUUGGACAUGGAGAAACUGAGAGAGGCAUGCAAGGACUGGGGAAUAUUCCACCUGGAGAAUACGGGGAUACCGUUAACGCUGGUUUCACAGGUGAAAGAGAUAACGGAGUCGCUGUUGAGUCUGCCGUUUGAAGUUAAACGGUUGUUAGGCGUUAACUCUCCUUUGUCGUAUUAUUGGGGAACACAUACGGUAAGUCCAUCGGGAAACACUGUAGAGAGGGCCCCACGAAAAUCUAGUGGUCACUUGUUCGAUGAUCCUCUUGCUUCUAUAUCUCGUCUUCUUCCACUUUCUUGUUCUGAUCCUAAGCUCGAGUCUUUUAAAGUUGUGAUGGAGGAAUAUGGAAGGCACGUAACCAGGAUUGUUGUGACCUUAUUUGAAGCUAUAACAGAAACAUUGUCCUUGGAACUAUCCGUUGACCAGAAAACGAGUUACUUAUCGGAGUCAACAGGUGUGGUACGUGUUCAACGGUAUCCUAGGUGCAAUGAAUUUCCAGGACUUGAGGCUCAUACGGAUAGUUUGGAGAUAUCGAUAAUAAACCAAGACGAAGUUGGUGGGCUAGAGUUCAUGAAAGAUGGGGAAUGGUUCAAUGUCACACCUCUUGCAAAUUCUUUUGUCAUCGGUCUAGGGGAUAUGAUUCAAGUGCUAAGUGAUGAGAAAUACAAGAGUGUGUUGCAUAAAGUGAGAAAGAUGAUGAAGAAGAAAGAGAGAUACUCGAUAAUUUACUUUGUGUAUCCAGACAAAGAUUGUAUGUUUGAAUCGAGUCGCUAUAAGCCAUUCAGAUUCUCGGAGUUUGAAGCUCAAGCUAAGCUUGAUGUUGAGACCCAUGGUAGCAAAAUCGGCCUUUCUAGGUUCCUUAACAUCCCCUAG